CGUGAGGAAUUUAACUAGCAACGGCAACUAACAUGGCUGCACUUUUCGGGUCUUCGACUAAUCGCUCCCAAAGUAAAAAUUUGGUUGAAUUUAGAGCUGGGAAAAUGCACAUGAAAGGAAACAUGGUGCAUCCUGACAAGAGAAAGGGUUUGGUUUAUGUUUAUCAGUCUGAUGACUCGUUGAUGCAUUUCUGCUGGAAAGAUCGCACGAGUGGGAACGUUGAUGACGAUCUGAUUAUCUUUCCCGAUGACAUCGAGUUCAAGAGCGUCAAGCAAUGUAAGACCGGCCGAGUGUUUGUCCUCAAGUUCAAGUCAUCUACAAGAAAAUUCUUCUUCUGGAUGCAGGAGCCAAAGUUGGACAAGGAUGAGGAUUACUGUAAGAAGGUGAACGAAUUUCUCAACAAUCCGCCGACACCGGGAUCAAACCGCAGUGGCGCCUCCCUCCCCUCGGAACUCUCGGGGCUAGGUGACUCGGACCUGCAGAACAUCCUGGGGGGGAUGAGUCAACAACAGCUGAUGCAGCUCCUGGGGGGUAUGGGGAUGAGCGGACCAGGGAGUCUCUCGUCUCUGAUGGGACGUCCCGGCAGCGCCCAGUCAACUGUGUCUGAACCCCCACUGAGAGCUCAGACGACGACCGGAACCCGCACCACCAACUCAGGGGAGGUAACUCCCACACAGCCGAGACCGGUGACAGCGGCUGCUCUCCCCUCCCAGCCCGGCAGUACAACAACGACGGCAGUCACCACGUCUACUACCACGCCCACGCCGACUGCGCAGGCAGCAGCCGCCACCACGCCCCGCAUACAGCUUAGUGACCUGCAGAACAUUCUGUCCACCAUGAACGUUCCGUCGGACGCCCCAAAAGAAAGCAUUGACUUGUCUGUAGCACUAAGUCCGGAGUCAAUGAUUCCCAUUCUGGCUAACUCGGAGAUCCAGGCCAAGUUGAUUCCCUUUUUACCCGAGGGGGAGUCGCUACCAAAGACCGAGGCGGAACUACGCAACACCAUCCAGUCACCCCAGUUCCAGCAGGCUCUAACGUCAUUCAGCGCUGCGCUCCAGUCAGGUCAGCUCGGACCGCUAAUGAAUCAGUUCAACCUAGGGGAGGACGUCGCCAACUCGGCAGCCCAGGGCGAUCUUGAAGCCUUUGUUAAAGCUAUGCAAGAGGAGAUGAAGAAAGAGGGCAGUAAGAAAGAGAAAGCCGACACUGACGAUGAAAAGAUGGAGCAUUAAUACACAGCACUUAACAAGUUAACCAGAUGGAACAACAUUAAUACUAAACUUGAUGAAAAUUGAUCGCUAAUAAUAUUUUAAAGUUUAAAUAGAUAAAAAAAUUUGUGUGAAGAUGGCAUGUUAAUAUUCACUAGUUGAAAUGACGAAACAUUAAUAUCAAUAAGUUUACAAGACGAUAAAAUUUAGUUUGAAGAGGGAACAUUAAGUUUAAAAGCUGGGACUUUAUAUUCUAAUAUUAACCAAAUUGAACAUUAAUAUCUUUAAGUUAAGAGGAUGGAAAAGUAAUUUUAUUCGUUGAUAAAGUGAAAAAUCAACUUUUUAAAAGUUGACAAUGAAAUAUUCAUUAAACUUUUCUGAAGAUAAAAUAUUAGCCUGGUUUUUGUGUUGUAUAUUUGUUUUAAUGGAACAUUACUUCAUCAAAAGAAACAAUUUAAAAUAAUGGAACAAUUAAUAAAUGUUAUUGGAUAAAAACAGAAUAAUUAAAAAUAACAUCAAAUUAAUAUUAAAAUGUUACAAAAUUAAAAACAGAAGAGUUUGAUUUCUGGAUUGAUUUUUUUUCAGCGAUAUAGUAAAAGCUGAGUUGGAUUUGCUUGUUUGUCUCGUGAUGACACCAUUAACACUGGUUAUUUCCUGUUGAUAUUAACACACUAGUAACUCAGUCUUAAAUUUCAUUCACUUUUGCUUCUUUGUGGUUUGGUUUAUGAAUGGAGAAUAAACGUUUUUCUUUUCA